GCUCGAGACAUUUACAGCAGUGUAGCAAGUGACCUAAACACCCACCUUUCGUACAACCAUGUUCACCGCAGUGCUGAUAGUGGGAGUAGCCAUAGCUGGCAUGGUGACGAGUCAACCACCGGCACCGGAUGCAUCAUGCUUUCAACCGGAUCGUACCGUGACGGUGGACGAUUGCUGCCGUAUGCCUCGAUCGGUCAGCCAAACCGUGAUGGACAAGUGCAGCGCCCAGCGUCCGACCCAGAUGCCGGCACCGGGUGUACCCCGUACGGAGGGUUGUUGCAUGAUGCAGUGCAUCUUGACGGAGAUCGGUGGAUUCGCUAACAAUGUGCUGAAUACGGACGCGAUCAAGAGCUCGCUGGCCGGUACGCUGGGUGCCGAUCCGGCGCUGGCACCGCUCGUUGGCACUACGGUCGAUAGCUGCGCUCGCCAGAUACAGAACGAUCCGGCGUACGCUGUGGCACCGAUUUCUGCUUCACCGGACCGUGCCGGGUGUAGCUUCGUACCGCAGGGUUUCAUGAACUGUCUUCACUCGACGCUGUUUAAGAGCUGCCCCAGCAGCCUGUGGACCGAGAGCAGCGAUUGUCAGGGAUUGAAGCAGAAGCUCGAUAGCGGAUGCCCGUUCUUCGCUCUCCGUGGUCGUGGACCACCGAACUAGUUCUGUGCAUUGCAUACAGCACAGUACACAGCGCUCUCUAAACGAACCCUUG